CCCGCUGCCUCCCUCCCGCCGCAGCCAGUCCUGCGGCGCAGCACGGCUCGGCUCGGCUUUGCUCGGCUCAGCUCGGCUCGGCGCGCCAUGGUGCAGCUCGGGGGCGGCCGCCGAGCCCCACCGCCAGCCCCGGCAGCGCUGCCGGCCUUCAGCAUCGACAGCAUCCUACAGCCCGGCCCCCACCGCCCGGGCCGAGAGCAGGGCCGAGCCCGCUGCGCGCCGCCGGAGGAGGAGGAGGAAGAAGAGGGGCCUGCGGAGCAAGACCCCAGUAAAGCCUCCAGCAACUCGGGCAGCGAGCCCCGCCGGCUCCGGGUGGAGGGGACGAGCCGUGGCCUCUGCCCGGAGGCCGAGGGCGGCGGCGGCGUGGGCUCCCCGCUCCCCGUGGAGGGGCUGCGCGGCCCCGUGCUGCCGCCGCCGUGGGAGGCCGGGGGCUGCGGCGGGGAGAGCGGCCGGUCGCCGGCGGCGGGCGGCAGGAAGAAGACGCGGACCAUCUUCUCCAAGAGCCAGGUCUUCCAGCUGGAGUCCACCUUCGACGUGAAGCGCUACCUGAGCAGCGCCGAGCGGGCCGGGCUGGCCGCCUCGCUGCACCUCACCGAGACCCAGGUGAAGAUCUGGUUCCAGAACCGCCGCAACAAGCUCAAGAGACAGAUGUCGGCUGAGCCCGAGGGCCCGGGGCCGGCGGACCCCCCCGGGGAGCUGCCACCCCCUGCCGCCGCCGCGGGCCUUUCCUUCCCGGCCCUUUAUAAGGACAGCACCCUGCUCAGCCGCUGCUUGCUGCCGCUGCCCUUCCCGCUGCUCUACCCGGGCAGAGCCGUCCCCUACCUCUGCCUCCCCGGGCCGGGCAAACACUUCAGCCUGGUGGAAGGGGACGUAUAGCCGCUCCCCCCCCCGGUCCCCGACCUUCCUCUCGCCGGGGGUCGCCCCGAUGGUAUUUAUGCCCCUGCCUUGUCGGUGGGGUGUCCGCCUUCGCCACAGACGGCGGCAGCCGCCCCCCGGCUCCCGGAGGGGCCACUCGGGCUCCCCCCCACGCGUGUCCGUGGGCCGCCGACAGGUUGUUAAAGCUUCAAAGGGCGCUGCCAGCCCGCCCUCGCUCUUGCAGCGCUUUUUCUCUGGUCGGGACGGAGGAGGUAACACGGAGCCGCGAAAGAAACCGGGAUCUGUUCUGCCUCCCUCCCUCCUUCCCUCCCAAAUUGCCCCAUGUCCAUAUUCCAGGGGAGCCGAUGCUCUGCCUCAGCCCACGGGGACUGGGUCCCCGCGUGUGCCCCAGCGCCGUGACCAUCGCUAUACCGUGAACCAAGUCACUUUUAAUCGAGCUUGCUAAAAGCCAACCUCUAUCUCAAACUCUCCACCUCUAGUAUCCCUCAGAUUAACUUCUCCCCAACUUUGACAUUAUCAAAAUGUAGACACCUUUCCUCAGAUCUGGCUCUUAAACUGUGGCUUCUUUUAUUUUUUUUCCCCCCUCCUUAAAUAAUCCAAGCGCGCUCUCACACAUUUCAUGCUAACUGGUUCUCAAAAUGUGGCUCGUCUGAUGUUUUUGCAGAACAAGACAAGCUAUCUCUCAUACUUUUUGUGCUAACCCCGCCCCCCGAAAUCUCAUGGGACAAUUUUAUCUGCUAUCGUAAAGAAGGUUUGUGUGUUUUUUUUUUUUUUUUUUUUUUUUUUUCCUCAUAGAUUUCCAAACGCUUUUGUCGUCCUCUGGUUUCCAAGUUCACACGCUUUAUAUUCAAAGGUUGGAAAUAAACCUUUUCAGAAAGCUGAUAUGCAUGCCUUUUUUAUACAGUUACUACUAGGCAGUAUCAAACGAAAGAUACUGCCUUUAUGGUUUCUAUUAUAGAAAUAAAGCUUAAAAAACACAA